CAGGGGGCGAGGCGCCGUCCAAUGACAAAGCCCAGGGGUGGGCGCCGGCAGCCAUCUUGUACCGGGUGGCAGGAUCUUCACCCGCGUCCUCCGCCCUCAGAGGGGGUGGGGCGGCGGCAGCGGAGGCGAGAAAAGUAGCGAGAGAGGCACCGGGCGAAAGGUGCCUGCAGCGGCCGCCGCCGCGGAGCCGGACGCAGAAGGGGGCGGCGGCGGCGGCGGCGGAACCCAGAGAGCGCGGGCGGCCCCGAGCGGCCUCCUAUGCGGCGCAACGUGAAGAGGCGGCGGCCCCAGGCGGCCCCGGCCUCGGUCUUCCGGGGCGGCGGCUUUAGGGCAGGAGAUGGGGCCGAGCUGGAGGCGCUGGAGGACAAGGUGGUGUAUUCGCGCUCGCAGCUGUCGCUGGCAGACACCACUAAGGCGCUGGGCGACGCCUUCAAGCUGUUCAUGCCCCGCAGCACGCAGUUCAUGAGCUCGGACGCGGAGCUCUGGAGCUUCCUCUGCAGCCUCAAGCACCAGUUCUCCCCGCACAUCCUACGCAGCAAGGACGUUUACGGUUACUCCUCUUGCCGGGCACUAGUCCCUGAUCCCCCAGGACCCCCAGCCGUCCACGGUCAGCCACGCAGGCCCGGCCGGGGCUGGGCGGCCAGGAGGAGGCGCCGCAGAGCCCGGGGGGCCGCCGCCCACAGAAAGAAAUCGUCUCUGCCACCGCCGCCUGCCCCCGAGGAGAGCUGCGCUGCAGAGCCUGAGGCCCUUGGCCCCUGCUUCGGGGGCCGCACCCUAGAGGAGAUCUGGAGGGCUGCCACCCCGACGCUGACCACCUUCCCCACCAUCCGCGUCGGCUGCGACGUGUGGGGCGAGCGCAGCCUGGCGGCGGCACGGCGCCGAGCACACCAAGUCCUGCGAGUGAACCUGGAACCCGUGGUGAGGCUCCGCCGCUUCCCGGUGCCUCGGGCAUGAAACGCAGCCCUGUGGACCCUCGGACGGAGCUCCCGCUUGGAGGGAUGAACAAGUGUCAGUCGAGUGUUUACAGAUCCGGCCAGGACUCGGUCCCCUAGUGCACUUUACGAGCGUAGUUGUCACCGGAUGGUGUUCCCGGCUCUGCGCCCUGGACCUGCGCUGCCGUCUGGGACCCCGGGGCAGGUGUGCCCUCUCCUGCCUUCCAGCACUGGACCCGCAAGACAGGCCCCUUUUCUUCCUAACCCCAGAUUGAGACGUCUCCAGGACUGUAGGGGCAGAUCCAUUCUCUCCCUUUUGGACUCUACCUCACUGGUCUGGAAGCCCUCCGAAGAAGUCACUAUUUUUCCAAAGGAAUUUGGUUUCGUGCUUGUGUAAUAAGCCAGAAUUCACUUGCUUUUUAUACCUCUCCUCCCUGGUACCCGUUUUCUGCCCCCCCCCCUUUUUUCCCUUUUGGACUACCACCCCUCUUUCUGGACGAAAGAUCAAACAUGUUUUGUGGUUUUGCAGUAGUUUGUGCUCAGGGUAUUCUGAAUCUCACUCGUUUCCUAACGUGAACUGGAUUCCAGUGCUUUUGACCAGGGAUGUUUUCUAAGCGAUUCAAGCUUAUGACUGUCAAGGAUUUGUAUGGCUUUGAACUUCAUAGGCUCAGUGAUUGCAAACAAAGAGAUGCAAAAUACAACUGUUUUAAAUAUUUUAAGGUGUUUCUAGAUAUUUUAUAUUGAAAUUUAAAGUUUCUAUUUACUGAGCUCCUAAAGAAAAUGGUAAACAAAACUCAUAUAAAGUUUUGUUUAGGACGAGUUGAGUUGUUAAACUUUUAAAAAUUGAACGAAAAUUAAAGUACAUUGAAACCACAUGACUUGUGCUUAAAAGAAAUGAAUACAUUAUUAAAAAACUGGCGUUGGUUAAAGAGAUGGAUGGAAUCUGAUUGGAAAUGAUAUGGCCUCUUUGUACUUAUCUAACAUACAAAUCCAGGAAUAUUUCAAGAAUAAUUUAUUUUAAAAUGGGAGUCCAAUAAGAGAAACGAAUGUGUAUAAAUUUUGUGAUUAAAAUGAUAAACAGAAUACCCACUAGAAUCCUCAGAACUGUAAAUGAUCUAGAGGGGUGGGGACAUUUCUUGGUAUAAAUAACUUGUUGGAAGUUUCUUUGGGUGAAAUAGAUUUAUUUUUCUUUCUUAUUUGUCUUUGUUUUUGGAUAACAAGAAAUGUCCAUACUAAUAUCACCACUUCUAUAAACAUCAUGACAGUUGACAUUUUUUGCUCCACCAGUUGCCUUUUUUAUCUUAUUUCCAUUUCAGUUUAUGUUUGCAGUUAUGGGUCUUUGACAGCUGAAGACCACAGGAAUCAAAUAGGCAAGCCACACAGAGUUCUAACCCUUCUUUUUACACAUUUAUAAUAGUGUUUAUAUCAUAUGGCCCAGCGUGUAACUCUUGAUUAUCCAAGUGCCUUUGGUCAUUGUUGGCAGCAAGACUUAAUGGUUUUUAGUCAGUGGUGCCACAGCCAGAUUUUACUGCAAUAUCUAAAGGGUCAAGUUUUUGUACCACUAUUAUUUCAAAUUUAAGUAUUCUGCCAUGGAGCAAUCUGUACUGGGCUGGAACUCGACAUAUGGAAUACCCAAUAUUAAGGUUUAUCUCUGCUUGGCAGCUUCUUUGGAGAAUAAUGAAAGCUGCAAUUUUGACUCUUGUGUUCUUAGAAUUUAAACAGCAUAGCUUUCUGAAAUGAUUUUUUUCCAAGUUGCAUAGUUUGCUGUAGGAGCUUUGUGACUUGACUUUCAGUGUUUUUGUUUGUUAAAAACAUUUUUAAAUAUAUAAUGACUUUAUACAGUUUCCCAGUAGGCAUCACAGUCUUUUAUUCACUACUCAGUGAUAAUGCAUUGUUACCUACACUGUCACAUGAAUAAAUAAAAGAAUAAUUAGAAGAUGGAGAGUGUUAAAUUAUAUUUGUGUGAUAGGAAGCUCAUCUAUAUUCUUUUGCCUAUUAGCUUCCAUUGCCAGUUGUAUUUUAGUUAUAUAGGGUUUCCUCCUCCCCUGCCAAAACCUUAACUUUUUAAGCUAACUAGCAUCCAAGAGGAAAAUUUGUAUUUGUACCACUUCUAUUGUAUAUAGUUUUAUAAUAAUUAAAAAUAAAUCCAAUGGCCAUAUUAGAAUGUAACUUCAACAUAUUGCUUAUCUAGAUAGUUUCCCAGAGGAUUUGAAAUUAGACUUAGCUGGGAGGAUAAUUUUGCUCAGCACAAAACUGAAACACAAUCUUUCACACCAUGCAUUCAUUGUAACUUAGGGUUUUGGCUCUUUUUUUCUCUUAUGCUUUGUUACUUAGAGCACUUGAAUUCACAUAUAUGCUUCUUUGGAUUAUCUGGUCUGUCUGAUUUCAGUUUGGAUCUAAUUGUCCAUCCUGCAUUCAGUAUGUUAAUUUUUUGGUUUGUUAAAAAUUCAUGCCAUUUCUGCUUUGUAUGAUAAAUGUAGAAAGAAAAUCUUUAUUUUUGCCAAGUUUUCUUUAGCAACACCUAUGUUACAACUUACAUAAUGUGAAGAAAAAACUAAUAUAGUUGACUAGUAUAUUAAUAGAAAAGUGAAAGUAUUUUAUGGGUACUUUUGGACAGAAUGUGAAAAGGAACUUGGCACCGUGGCCUUUAUUGUGAGGCAUCCAUUUACUGUCCUCUGAAGUGAGUCUGUAGCCUAGCUUGUAUAUAGUUUUUGUAAGAACUCCUAUGAUCUUCAUUCAUUAUUUUACCUUCUCAUAUCUCAUAUGGCACAAGGAGAAGGAGGAAGCUAGGAAGUAUAUCACCUUGCUAAGCUUUUAUUUAAUUUUUAACUCUUGAGUGCCUAAAUGUGGUGACUGGCACCUCAGUUAACCUUUCAAAAUUUCUGAUGUCAUUUUUUUACCCUUCCUGUCAACCAGCAACUUAUUUUUCCUUACUGAAACCAGUAAUGUCAUGAUUGUUGAGGGCAAGCUUCAUUGUUGAUAGUGUAAAGUGUCAUUGUUGGGGUGUGUAUUUAUUUUGUCCAAGUUUGAGGACCCUAUCGGACAAGUGUAACUUAAGCUGGUGGCCGAAUAUUGAUUUGCAAUGUGCAAAUCUGAAAACUUUUCAAUAUAAAAACAUUAAAAUAUUAGAAUACAAGAAAUUUUGAGCAAUUUUUAACUCAAAAGUUUUCUGUUCUUUUAAGGGUUGCCGCAGCACCCUUUAAAUUGGUGUUUUUUAAUGGACAUACAUAAUAUUUACCUGUUUAAAAUAUUUCUUAAUGGACUUAUGUCUUAAGUGCAUUAGGAGGCAAUUAUUCGUAAUGGAACUGAUUUUUUUGGACAGUUUGAUGUGCAUAUGACUAAGAUUUACAAUCUGAUUGUACUUUGCUUUUUAAUUUAUUAACUGUAAAUAAAUUUUAGAGAAUA